AUGAGUAGUGGCCUAUCAGAUCUGUCUGUUGAUAUCAAUACACGUGUUAUCCAUAUCAUCGGUGACAAUAUAGAUACUCUUACAAUGACACAACAACUCGAUAAACUUAAACUGGUGUAUCAUGACGAAAAGAAUUUAGAUGAAACAUCAGCAGCUAUUUAUAAUGUUAAAUCCAGAACAUCAGUUUCAGUUAUUAUGGCAUAUUUUGGUAUUAAAGAUGUCAGGUUUCUUGGUUCAAGCGAACCAUUACUAUACGAUCCUUGUACUGGUUUAACAUUUGAAAGUAUCGAUAGUGGGACUCAUGUGAUCCACAUAACGGGUAGAAAAAAUGGUAUGUAA